AUGCAAUUCACCAUUCUUCUAGCGCUUGUCGGGCUUGCCUCUGCUGCCAGUUACUACACCUCCACACCAAGUUACAACAGCAACUCAUACAGAAGCUGUUCUUCCUCUUAUGAAUGCUCUUCUGGCCAAACUUGUUCCAAUGGACAAUGUAUGAGCUCUCUUGGAUAUAAUGGAGGAUUAUAUUCAAACACCUACAACAACAACCAGUACGAUAUGAAUAGCCAAUACGGAAACCAAAUGAGCAGCACUGGAUCGGGACUGUACUGUACCACCUCUUAUUCCUGCCGUUCUGGAGAGACCUGUAUGAACAACAGAUGCCAGAGCAGCUACUCCAACAACAUGUACGGUAGCCAAAACAUGUAUAAUUCCGGAUCCACCACCUGCCGCUAUUCGACUGACUGCAUGUCCGGACAAACGUGCUCCAAUGGAAUGUGUGUUGCUCAAUACGGAACUUCCUACAACAACGCCAUGUACUCCUCAUCCACAGGAAAACCAUGUCUUAACAAUCUCUCCUGCUCUAACGAUGAACGUUGUGUAAACGGUCUUUGCGUUAUCCACAUUGCACCUAACUAUUGUACAUACGACAACACUUGUGGAGUCAACCAAAGAUGCGUUAACAAUAUGUGCCAAUCCACCGGAUCAAGCUCCUAUUACGGAUCGGGUUCAUCUGGAUACAACACUUAUGGAAAUUCGAACACCUAUGGAUCAUCCAACUCUCGAUGCACAUACAACUCUGACUGCGGAUCCAACAGAUACUGUUCUGCUGGAUACUGCACCAGCUACGUUCUAAGACAGAAGAGAAGCUCUUAA